AACUCCUCCCCCCCUCCCGCGCGCCCCAAGCAGAGGAAAUGAUUUUUCCUUUGAAAUGAGUCUGGAUCUGGUGUCCGUGUUGAGCCUGGAGCUGGAGGGAAGGGGGCAGCCUUGGGUCCCCUUGGGCUAGGAAAGGGAAGAGGGGAAAUUGUGGUGUGUAGAUAGGUGGCUUGGUGGCUCAAACGGUCUCGGGGUUCCUUCAUUGUGCCUGUCUUCUGUGAACCACUGGGUUUGGACGCAGAGGUGCAGCUUCAACUGUCCAGAGCAGAGCGGCACGGGUGCAGCUCCGUUGGGCCACAAUAGUGGGUGGCGAGCUCCUGCUGGUGAGGAAAUCUCGGUCCCCGGCAGCCGCCGCUGCCCCUUUGAUGUUUUGGUACGCCGUGCGCAUGCGCUCCACAUUAGAAUUACUGCACUGGGCAGACUAAGUUGGAUCUCCUCUCUUCAGUGAAUCCCUCAAUCCCACCAAAACCUAAAGGGAUGUGGAGAGUCCGGAAAAGGGGCUACUUUGGGAUUUGGUCAUUUCCCUUAAUAAUCACCGCUGUCUGUGCUCAGAGUGUCAAUGACCCUAGUAAUAUGUCGCUGGUUAAAGAGACGGUGGACAGACUGUUGAAAGGCUAUGACAUUCGUCUGAGACCAGAUUUUGGAGGUCCCCCUGUGGCCGUAGGAAUGAACAUUGAUAUUGCCAGCAUUGAUAUGGUUUCUGAGGUCAAUAUGGACUAUACCUUGACCAUGUAUUUUCAGCAAGCCUGGAGAGACAAGAGGCUGUCUUACAAUGUAAUUCCUUUAAACUUGACUUUGGACAACCGAGUGGCAGACCAACUCUGGGUGCCUGACACCUACUUCCUGAAUGAUAAGAAGUCAUUUGUACAUGGAGUGACUGUCAAAAACCGUAUGAUUCGAUUGCAUCCCGAUGGCACUGUCCUGUAUGGCCUCAGAAUCACAACUACAGCUGCCUGCAUGAUGGACCUAAGGCGGUAUCCACUGGAUGAACAAAACUGUACAUUGGAGAUUGAAAGCUAUGGCUACACAACUGAUGACAUUGAGUUUUACUGGCGUGGCGAUGACAAUGCAGUCACAGGAGUGACAAAGAUUGAGCUUCCUCAGUUCUCCAUUGUAGAUUAUAAACUCAUCACCAAGAAAGUUGUUUUCUCCACAGGUUCUUAUCCCAGAUUGUCCCUAAGCUUCAAGCUGAAAAGAAACAUUGGCUACUUCAUCCUGCAGACAUACAUGCCAUCAAUUCUGAUUACCAUUCUCUCCUGGGUCUCCUUUUGGAUUAACUAUGAUGCCUCUGCUGCACGGGUUGCUUUAGGAAUUACAACUGUCCUAACAAUGACCACAAUCAACACCCACCUCCGGGAGACUCUCCCUAAAAUUCCCUAUGUAAAAGCCAUUGACAUGUACCUAAUGGGGUGCUUUGUCUUCGUCUUUAUGGCCCUUCUGGAAUAUGCUUUGGUCAACUACAUCUUCUUUGGGAGAGGACCCCAGCGCCAAAAGAAAGCCGCUGAGAAAGCUGCUAAUGCCAACAAUGAGAAGAUGCGCCUGGAUGUCAACAAGAUGGACCCCCAUGAGAACAUCUUACUCAGCACGCUUGAGAUAAAAAACGAGAUGGCCACAUCCGAAGCAGUAAUGGGACUUGGAGACCCCAGGAGCACAAUGCUGGCCUACGAUGCCUCCAGCAUCCAGUAUCGAAAAGCUGGGCUGCCUAGGCAUAGUUUUGGCCGCAAUGCUCUGGAGCGACAUGUGGCACAAAAGAAAAGUCGCCUGAGGAGACGUGCCUCUCAACUGAAAAUCACCAUCCCCGACUUGACUGAUGUGAAUGCCAUUGAUCGGUGGUCCCGCAUUUUCUUCCCUGUGGUGUUUUCCUUCUUCAACAUUGUCUAUUGGCUUUAUUAUGUGAACUAAACUACAGCCUUCCAUGAGAAGCAAGGACUGGAUUCCUCUUCAAACAGUUGUACAGCCUGAUGUAGGACUUGGAAAACACAUCAAUCCAGGACAAAAGUGAUGUUAAAAUACCUUAGUUGCUGUGCUAUCCUGUGGUCCAUUUCAUACCAUUUGGGUUGCUUCUACUAAGUAAGGAAUACACUAAGGUCCUCGCGGUUUUCCAGUUACAACGCAAGUGAUUUGUACACAUGCUGGCAAGAUCAAGUGUGAAGUAUUCCACUUUAUCAGUUUUAGUACACAGCCUACUCAGAGGGUUAGUAUGUAGAUUCUAGAUGAUGCUAGAAAGCUCAAGAGCAUGGGCAGUCAAUUCUCUGAGACACAGUCAUUUCCAAACGCCUUCCAUCAUUGUUCCUAUGAUUGGCAUGCAGUUGGGACACCACUGUGCAUAUGAAACAUUUUCUGCAAUAAUGAGAACAUGCUACUUCAAUAUGGACUUUGAGGUCUAAGCCAGAUGAUGAUGAUGUCGUGGAGUGGUGAUUCUCAAGGGUCUAAUAGAUUCAUAUGCAUUUUGAGCACAAUGGAAGUAAGGAGGUGGGACAAAGCUUUAAAGAAGAGACUCAGGAAUCCAGUUUCUCUGGUCUGUUUGAUUGCCUACAAUGAACUGGCAAGCAUAUCUUUCAUGUGGGCCUUAGGCUGAGGAAGAUUUCCGAGUAGACCAUGUACAGCAGCCAAAGUUAACAUCUUGUCAAAAAGCUGUUUCCAAGGUGGUUAAAAUAAAAAUUAAUAGCAUAGAGCUCGGUCAAAAGUCCAGAAAUGACUGUGGUUAAGAAUGAGUGAAAUAACCAAGUGUGACCCUUAUCACUGCUACACAGCAUCUGGUCUGAACAUAGCGCUGAGCAGAAGGACUAGAAUGAAACAGAGUGAUUUGCCCUUGUCGUGAGCUUAGCAUAAUUUAUGAGGAUUUUUGUAAAUCAUUUAUCUCAUCAAAAAAUAGCUAUCAAAUAGAGAAGUGGAGGGAAUUAGAAGUAACUUGAUAGCUUAUAUUGAGAAUCAUUCUAACAGUCAACUGUAGAGCACAGAUGAGCAGGUCACUUUUCUCAGUGUCAGCUGCUCUUACAUUGUCCUCCUCUGGGUUUAUUUCUGACUGGAAUACAGUAUUUUUAAAAAGAGAAUUUGCUCUUUCCCCAAAAGGAUUAGUCAUCAUCUUCAGCUUUUCUUGCUUUCAAAAUUUCUCAUUUUACUAUUAGGAGACAGCCCCAGUGAGGCUUUGCUGAGACCGUGUGAACUGGCUUUUCUUUUGUAUUCUCCAAGGCUUGUGCAUGCACAAAUGGAAUCUGUGGGUCAGUGGGGUUUGAUCAUGUAAAGGGUGUUUACGUUGUAUAUAUUGCAGUCUACUUAAUCAAGCAAAACAUGGAAAGUAGUGGGCACUAGGGUUAGAACGGGGCUGUGGUGAGUGAGUGUUGCCCUCCCAGCUCGUGGUACAGAAGUGAAGAGAACUGACAUCACUGGCUGCUGUGGUGGGUCGUUAUUAUUCUGCCUUUCAAAUUAUGUAAUUGUGCAUCUUUCUAUAUUGGGCAUACGCAUUCUUUACAGAAAAGAGAAUAGGGUAAUAUAUUUUAUUUUUUGUCAAUGGGGAGGGGGGUCCUAUUUGGCUUUUACCUACAGAAAAUACUAAAUUACUAUGUUUUCUAUACAAUUGACUCUGAUUGGCCUUUACCUCAGAGGAUGACUUUGCUACUUCUAUUUUUAAAGCAGUCGAAAACAAUUCUGUCUUCAGAGUAGGGUCCCCAGUUAAGUGUAUAGGGGUCAAGGCUGGUAUUAUUCUGCAGAUGAAUCUUUCCCCUCAUGAUUAACAACCCUAGGAUAGUAAGCAUCAUUGUGUGCUUCUAUUCCAACAAUUAAAGGGAAACCAGAAAUAUAAAUAAAAGUUUAUCAUUCAUUUUCUACAUUUAACAAAGAUGGGAUGGUAGGUUUGGGGGGGGGCUUGUUGUUUUGUUGUUGUUGUUGUUGUUUGUUUGUGUUUUGCUUUUUGUCCUCCCCCCAAUCAAUAUUGGCAUGUUUGGCUCCUGUAUUUUAAUUAUGUGCUUUACACUUUUGAGUUUUAGUUACAGGACUACAGAUCUGACUGAGGAUGUUCACAUGUGCUCAGAGUAAAGAUUCUUCAGAUUUCUCCAGGGCUUUUUCCUACGAAAUCAUUUUGGGGGGAUCACAGUAAUAAAAGUGCCUAUCCCUUGUCAGCAGGGGUGACGUCUGAAUGGAAAACUACAGGAAGAAGCGUCACCGUAAUCUCAGGGGCACACCGUGACAUGCCAUUCGGAAACAACUUUUCUAAAUACAACUCAGAGCCUAAGCCUAGGCUCCCAUUAGCAAUUUCCAUAAAAGCCAUAACAAAAUCCUUGAUAUUGUCAUUUGUGAUUGUAACAAACUCUUAGAUGUCCAGGGAAGUCAAUCAUAUAAUUUAGAUCAAAAUGGAGAGAAGCAGCGUCACAGGGUGGGCUUCACAUGCUUAUGACCAGCAAACAGAUUUCUGGUCUAACUAAUGCAGAGAAAAGAUGGGACCUUGCAAUCAAUGCCCUAGAGUGAACCAUAUGUUGACAUUCAGUAUCCACGUAGGUAGAGAACACUGACUCCUCCCGUCCAGAAAUAGCAGUCCAUGUAGAAUUUUUUUAAAGCUACAUAUUUAGUUGAAUUAGAAUGCAGGAAAGGGUGCUAGGUCUGAUGAAUCUGGGAAAACCAAUUAGUUUGUUACUCAGUAAUUAAACUAAUGGACCACCAAGGUAUGUUUUGGCAAUCUUGAAAUGGUAUUACUAUCCGUUUAUACAUAUGUAUAGUUUUUUUCUUUUGAUUAUACAAUAGCCAGAUAGCCAGCAAUUAAGGUGUUUUUUCAUCUUUGAGAAAUUAGUAGGCAAAUUCUGACUCUCAAAUGCACAGUCUACACAAAAUCUCUGAUCUCAAUCUGUAUAUAUAUAUAUUGUACAUGACUGCUUGUAGGUAUGAAAUGCACCUCCGAAUUGAAAUCUCAUGCAGCAUACCCAUAUGUUUGCAUAGGAAUGUUACAAUUAUUUCUACUGCAAUUUAACAACAGGGGAUAGGACGCAAGCAGUGUCAUCUAGUCUUUCUGUCUCUUCAUUUCAAAAAGAGCAGUGCUAAGUAAAAUAAUAACAAUAAUAAUAAUAAUGAUUUUUUUUUUUAAAAAAACCAAAAGACACUACAUUCUAGGAUUAGUACCACACAGAAGUGAUCUGUCGAGCUUACAAAAGCACAAGACAUCACAAAAGUGCAGUGGAAUUUCUAAUGGAGAAAUAAAUCACAGGCAUUUUAAGGAAGACCUGCUUUAAAUCGGCAACUAUGACCAACUCCAUUUUCUGUAGGUCACUGUGUUUCAGUCUUAUAGCUAACUUCAUGGUCAAAAACAACAACUGAAAACAUCAACACAGACAGGUCUUAUAACAUAUCUACAUGUGUAUAUGUGUAUAUAGAGAUCCAUGCAAACACAUAUGCAUAUGUAUGCAUUCAUACGUCAGAAACAAAAGGAAUCAACAAAGAGUUAUUUCCUUCAUAUGACUUUUUUUUUUAAUUUGGCAGCCAACAGUCACCAUUCUAAAAUAAAUAAUACAGGGUACUGAACAUCUCUCUCAGCAAAUCAAUGACUACAGUUCCUAAGAACAUUGCACAGUUUGACUCUACAAUAGUACUGUACCUCAGAAUAUGAGAUGUUAACUAGUUUCUGCAUUGCUUGUCAAAUAUCCAUUUGCUCUCUUUUAAAGGACACAGAUAACACUAUCCAUUGGUGAUGUAAAUUGAAAAAAAAUAAAAUUAGGAAUAUGGGGAAAAAUCCUCUGGAGAGGAGAAACAAAAAAAACAAAAAAACAAAACAAAACAAAAAAAAAAAAACCAAACUACCCCUUACCAUGAUGGUCAGGGAAAUUUACAACUGUAGCAAUCAUGCCAUUUUGCUAAGUGUACAGAAUCUGUUAUGUAAGCAAACAUAACUUUCACUGAGAGUGUGUAAAUAUUUAAACAGAUUUCUUAAAUAUUUUUAACUUCUAAUUUGUAUUUUACGGUAAGGCAAUGUACUAAUUCUGUUUAUGGCUUACAUCAACGUGCUAUGUUAUGUACAUAAUUAAAUAUGCUGUAAAUUAAUAGUCAAUAGAUACAAAUAAUUGCUUAGGGUUUUUGUCUUAAUUUUAUCUAUUUAUUUUUUACUAAGUAUGUUUACUGCAGUGCCCUGGCAGAGUAAUUUAAACACCCUUUUACAUAAAUGAUUUGGGAAUCCCAUACAUAAGGGUUCCCACUGCUGUUUCUCACAUACAGGUAUGAAUACACACACACACACACAGAGCAUCGUCUACUCUCUGCUUUUCACUCCCAUUUUUUCCCUCUUAGUGGGAAAUGUAGCCUUGUUUUGGAGUCAUAUUAACAACCAAGAGAUGCUUUUAAAAUGGUAAAUGGAAAAAAGGAGAAGUGCUUAGGAUUAACUGAAUAGUUUUUCUAUGCUAGAGUAAAAGAAGCCAAAGUUUGCAAACUAUAGCUAGUCCCCCAAAAGUAGACAUUUAUAGCAGCACUGCAGAUAACAACAACAAAAAUUAUUCGUACCAGCUCCAGAAAUUUGUUACAUAUGAUGCAUGCUGGAAGAGGUUUUUUGUUUUUGUUUUUGUUUUUGUUUUUUUUAAAGUAUAUGCUAGCAUUUGUCUUUAGAUAGUAUUAUUCCUUUCAACCAAAGACUCCAGAAUUAUUUUUCAAAAGCAAAGGGGAAAAAAAAAAAACAAAAGAAAGAAAGGAAAUGAGAAAAAAAGAGUCACUGCUUCACACCAAAGUUUAAAUAAUUUUUCCAAAUGCAGUAGGGAGAUGGUUUUAAAAAGUAGAAAGGAGUCGAUAGAGAGUAAAUUCAGAAGCUGCCCUGAGAAAAUUAUUGUUUGUUUGUGUGUUUGUUUGUGUUUUUAAGUUGGAAAAAUAUAAAGCUGUACUCAUAAAUAGCUUUACUUUUGGGAAAUUCAUUGAGAACAUUUCUCUAGAUAUGUGCAAGAUUUUGACAUCAAUUUUCAAUUUGAUUUAAGAAGUACUUUUGUGAUAAACAUCCAAAACGAUGAAAAGUAAGAGUUUAUUUUUGAGUUCUAAAGCAAAAUGCCACUCCCUGUCAGAUCACCUCUGUCUGAGGCCACACCCAUCACUUUCCACUUGAAUCAAGUCAACAUUUCCAUCAACUUCUAUUCUUUCUCAUUUUAUGAUUUAGUUCAGUGGUUAAGAGUCCACACACAUCCAUUUUAAACACAAUUCACUCAAAGUUGCUUAUAAUUUAAAUUCCAUGCCACUUACAAUUUUUUUCUUUGCAUGGGUGUUUAAAUAGUUCUGUUAUGGAAUUGUUCCUGCAUAGUUCUGAGCUGUCCUUUUAUAAGAAGUGAUGUUCCAGUGUCUUCACAAUGUAGUGAUUAUCAGCCUUACAACGACCUUGUAGCCUUUCUGAACACACACAUCAUGCUCACUCCCCAAUGGCUAGAAAAUGCAAAGCACUAGCAGGAUUCAUUGCAUCCGUUUUCACAUCUUUCUAACAUCAGGACUUCUAAAAAUCUCUGGGAUACAUGCGGUAGUAAAAUUCAAAAGAGGAUUAUCAAUGAAUAGCACAUAAGAAUUAUUUUCAUGAAUUUCAACUAAUUGCAGCCAGUUUCAGCAUGUAAAUAUAUAAUAAUGUUGGCUAGUGUGUAAUUCUUGACCUAAGAAAUAUAAAUAAAAGCAAAAAGUUC